AUGGACGACGAUUUGCAUAGCCCUUCUCAUGGUGGUGGUGACGAGGAUUUGUCAUUGCCAAAAGCAACAAUGACCAAGCUGAUACAAGAGCUACUUCCACCCGAUAUCACAUGUGCCAAGGAAACAAGAGAUUUGCUGACCGACUGUUGUGUUGAGUUUAUACAUUUGCUUUCGUCCGAAGCCAAUGAAAUCUCCGAAAAAGAAGCGCGGAAAACCAUCAAUGGCGAGCAUGUCAUUACUGCUCUCAAGAAUCUGGGAUUUGAGGAAUACAUAGCCGAGAUGGACGAAGUCCAGACUGAUCAUCAAAAGAGUGUUAAAAAUCGUGUAAAGCGCUCGUUUAGAUUGGAGGAUCUAGGCAUGACCGAGGAAGAGUUGAUUAAAAAUCAGGCAGAAUUGUUUGCAAAAUCUCGUGAACGGAUGAUGACAGGACCAUCAACGUCUGAUAUGUGA